AUGGGAGGCAACAAGAAGGGAAACAUUGAAGAUCUGAUGAAGGAACUUGCUUUGAAGGGAGACGAUCUGUACGAUGUUGUCUUUGAGGAGAGUGAUGCCCCGGCGGAGGAAGAUCUCCGGUGGAUGAUUCUGGUUCGAGUUCAUAUGGAUAAGGGCUUCAGCACGUACUGGUUUUUCCGCAACAUGCGGACUGCUUGGGAUCUAGCUAGGGAGGUUAAGAUAAAAACCCUAGAAGAGAAUCUGUUCCAGAUGCAGUUCAACUGCUUGGGUGACUCAGAGACGGUGACGCAGGGCGGGCCGUGGCACUUCAGGGGCAAUCCCGUGAUCAUCGCUCCCUACGACGGCUAUUCCAAGUCGUCUUCCAUAGAGCUUUAUAAGUUUGAUAUUUGGGCACGCAUCAUUGAUCUGCCUAUUGCGUUCCAUGGAAAGGUUAAAGCUUUGGCCUCCAAGAUUGGCGAGUAUGUGGACUCGGAACCCUCGUCUUUUGAUUUUGAGGGGAACUUCUUCAGGGUUAGAGUGCGCCUGGACGUUCGAAACCCUCUAAAGAAAGCUACAUCUAUCAUCCGUGGAGGUGAAAGGGAAAUUUUUGCUAUGAAGUAUGAACGCUUGCUGGACUGGUGCCAAGUGUGUGGCUUCAUGGGCCACGAGUUCAAAGAGCAUGGAGAUGGUGUGCACCCUCCUUCGGCUCGAGAUACCAUAUAG